CACCCAGUUGGGCUUCCCUCAUUCAUUGUCCUUAUAACUUCCUAUCGUCUCCUUUUUACCUGGUCACUAUCUUAAAAAUUCCGAGGCUACCAUAGGACUAACUUACAAUAGUAUUGAUACCCAGCUUCUGCAAAGUGUAUUUGAAACUCACUCGAGGCAUAAGGCUCAUCAACACAUUCAUCUCAUCUGCGCCCCCAGAAAGCGCUAGAGUAACGCUGUACAGCUGAGGUGUCGUUUUCGUUGACACACUUACGUCGCCGUCACACCGCCUGGGACCAGAAGCCUGUCCCUUAUCCGGACCGACUCGCUGGUAGAGUUACGGGAGGAACAUUGAGGCUUCACACAAUCACUAGUACUUUACUACCACCAGUUUCCUCCAGUCCCUCUUCGGGGACAGUCAACAAUCAUGGCGACCCUAUCAGUAUAUGGGUCAGAUUUCCUGACCACCACCAAGAAAAAGGCCAUCGAGGAUGCCAAGAAGAUGCAGGCUGUUGUUGCAGAAGAAUGCAACAAGUCAGGAAAAGAAGCACCCCCAUAUCAGCUAGAGGAGCUCAUCGGCAAAGGCAGCUUUGGCCGCGUCUACAAGGCAACGGAUAACAAGUCCAGUGCUGUUGUGGCUGUCAAGAUCAUCGACAUCGAAGAGAGCGACAGGGAAAAUCCCAGGCUGGCGGACACGUAUAGCGAGUUUAUGAAGGAGACCAGUGCCCUCAAGUUACUCAGUAACAGCGGCGCAAAGAACAUCAAUCUCAUUCUCGAUGUACUGCCCGUUGGACAGUCCAUGUGGCUGAUCACCGAGUACUGUGCUGGCGGAAGCGUGGCUACUCUGAUGAAGCCUACAGCACCCGGGGGCUUGCAGGAGAAGUGGAUCAUUCCCAUCCUACGAGAAGUCGCAGAGGCCAUAUUUUGGGUACACAAAGAAGGAAUCAUUCACCGUGACAUCAAGUGCGCCAACGUACUUGUGACGGAGACGGGCGCCGUACAGCUCUGUGACUUUGGUGUGGCUGGCAUCGUCGAGACCAAAUUCGACAAACGGUCGACGUUUAUCGGGACACCUCAUUGGAUGGCACCGGAACUCUUCGAACCCACGCCGUCCUACAGCACACCGGUUGACAUAUGGGCGUUUGGAUCUAUGGUAUACGAGAUUGCCUCUGGACUUCCUCCCAAUGUCAUGUCGGGGUUUAACAUCCCCCAGCUUGGCAAUUACAUCAAGUCCCACGCGCCUCGUCUGGAGGGAGACCAGUACUCAGACAAUCUCAAGGACUUGGUGGCUUUCUGCCUGGUGGAGGACCCCGCAAAACGACCGACCAUUGAACAAGUCCAACGGCACCCUUACAUAUUCAACACGAGCUCAGAAUACCCAGCAGCAUCUCUUUCCAAUCUCGUCCGAGGUUAUAAGGUUUGGGAGGCGCAGGGAGGUAUCAGAAAAUCACUGUUCGCGCCCGUUGGUGCUCAAGGCCCGUCCGAUUAUGCCUCAACUGCCCUCUCCAAUGACGAGUGGAACUUUAGCACAACGGUCGACUUUGACCGAAUGGCCAUGGACAGCGAUGCCCAAGCUGUGUAUGAUGUUUAUGGGCACAAUGUCGACUUCGAGUUCGACGAAGAGCAGACCCGGCGCCCCAAGCCUAAAGGAAGGAGGCGGCCGCCUCCUCCUAAACUGCUAGCUCUCAAGGCACCUCUGGAAAAGCUGUUUGAUCCUAAUACGAUCUCUGGCUACGAUGAGAACUCGCGUGCUUAUUACGGUCUGGGGGCGCCUCCUCUAACGGCUACAGCAGAGACAACACUAGUACUGGAUCUACCAAAAGACUCAGAUCUCAACCUACGACAAUAUGAACCGAGCUCACAGGCGGCACUGCGAGAGUCGCUCAUAGACCUGGAUGCCUCCUUUGAUGGAAAUGACCUGUCUCAGUUUGUUGACAUGGAGACUAUUAAGGCUGGCCCCCGUGGUUCGAUAGAUUACGCAGCCUUCAACCCGAACCCGGACUUCAGCAAACCGCCCCUCAGCGACCCGGCAGAUAUGCCAAUGAACAUCAACCGCCGUACGCAGGACUGGAAGUUCCCGUCAAUGGCUGCUCCGCCGGCUUCUGCCCAUCCGGAGAUGUCGCGCUUCCCGUUCCCGUGGAAUGAAGAGCGCUCCAACGACAGCCAGAACGACAACUUCGUUCGACCACCCCUCAUACACCACCCAACAGACCCGCUAGGCUUCCAAUCGAUGGGCUACGAUUCCAUGCCGCCCAAGCCUCCGGUCGACAACCGCGUUUCGGUAGGGAGCCUGAUCGAUCUCGAUGAAAGCUUACCUAUGCCAACAAACGAUUUCACCAAUCGGGAGUAUACGCGGCCAUCCACAGCCAACUCGGACGCCGCUUCCGUCAGUGGUUCAGAGAUAGGCGGCGCAAACCCAUUCGACCUCGAACGGCACGCUUCACUUUAUCAGCCGCUGCCUGUCGUACGAUCAUCAUCGGUCCGCGAACCGUCCAUCUACGUGUCGGACGACAGCGAUUACGCCCGGGUCGCUCAGGCGCCGUCAGAGGAGCAAUUCAUCGGGACCAACGGUCGUGGCACGCCCGACUAUGCUUCAUCCGUUAACGGCGGAGGCAGCGUAGGGAACGGUAGUAUCGGCGGCGGUAGCAUCGGCGGCGGAAGCAUCGGCAGCAGGACAAGCAGCCGCGCCCACUCCCGCGCGGACAGCUACAGCUACGCCACCGACGACGACGUGGGGGGGUAUUCAGCCGGCGAGUACGCCGAGUCGGACUACCUGGGCGGCAGCAUGGAUCCGAUGGCGAUGGGUAGUCGUGAGCGCAACCGGAGUCGCCGGCGGCCGAGCGGCAUGCGGCCGGACCCGGAUAUGCACCAUCCGCCUCGCGGGUACGGCAUGGGCGGGAGCAUGAAUGGGAAUAAUGGUAUGGGCAGCCAUGGUGGCGGGCAUCAUGGUCACCAGGCGCAUGGUCAUGGUCAUGGUCAUGGCCACAGCAAUAGCCAGGGUUCAACGGAUAUGAUGCAUAUGCCUCAAGUCCCAGAGCCGCCGAGAGUCAGGGUGAUGCAGGGCAUGGCGAAUCGAGAGGAGGUGAGGGAUGAUGUGAUGAGGUUGCUGGCUAGCUUCUCUGAGCACCUGGGGUUUGCGAAUGCGCAUGUAAAUACGCUUCCGGUGAGGCAGGGGAGGAGGGGAAGCGAGGUGAAUACGAGUGUGUGAGGGAAGUAUGAGUAUUACAUUGGGAUACGGUUUGUCUCUAAACCACACUGAAGUAAUUAUUUGAUGUGUGUAGUUGGUGUGUGCAUGGAGAGUUCAGGGGUAUAUGGUGUAGCAUGGAUCUAGGGUCAGGUACGGAUAAGCGUCUUAGCGGUAGUAUACAAAGAGCAUAGGAAUUGUAAUUCUUGUUAACAAACGGAUUGUUAGUGAAAAUUUGUCGAGAUUGAAGAUGUUGUUUACUGUCAUCAAAUGAUGUAAUCGAUAGUGCUGUGGUGGUGAUUGCAAGACGGGCAGCCUAGUAUAGGGUGUAAGAUGUUGUUGGGUUGAAGUUGAGAUAAA